CCACAGACGCUCUGUCGCUUUCAGGUCACCAGGGAGGACAGACAACAGAACCCCCACAGGAGACAGUCUGAGACAAAGGCAACUUAACCAAACACACACCGACAGGCAGAUGAACCGAAGACAACUUUACCAAUACAAAGAAGCCGAUGAUAACUUAACUAUACACCUGAGGGACAGAGGACAACUUUACUAACUCACGGGAUCUAGGACAGAGGACAACUUUACUAACUCACGUGAUCUAGAACAGAGGACAACUUUACUAACUCGAUUUAGGACAGAGGACAACUUUAUUAAAUACUAAAACUAGGAGAGGUGUAAAGGACUUUACUAGACUGAUCACAACUGGAAAAGAAGUGUGUCGUUGAAAGCCUCAAAGAAAUGGAGAACACUGCUCCAACAUAAACCACAGCUAGAAGAAAUGACUGGACCGAACACCUGUCAACCAAGAGAAGAACACCUUUAACACGCAAAACAUUCGAGUUUAAGGAGAGAUGUACCUUUCGAAUAUCAACCACAACUAAAAGAAGUGAAACACAGAUCCUGAACAGGAGAGAAGCAGGCUCCGGCUCUACCAGGCAGUUAUGGAGAUGAACCUAAGCAAAUCACAAAUAAUCUUUAGCUGAAAACCCACCGUCACAAGAGGAGCCUACAUAGAAGAGAGGACACUGCUUGUGGAAAAAUCUGCUUAAAAGCCAAAUCAAAUUCUAAACAAUUUAAAAACCUUGCACUGAGAUCCUACACGGUGAAUCGGCUUCACUAAGCACAUAAAACAAAAUAAUAUUUACCUGGGAAACCACAGUGGUGAAAAGACUGGACCAUUUAGAGGAGAGGCUUGUGUUCACGUGGAGUGUAUGCGUAGACCUAAGACAAGGACGACUGUGAAGAGGGCAUCGAUGGCAGGCGGGUCCAUGAAGUGCCAUCCAGCUUGUAUGUAAAAAACGUGCCAUGCCCAUGCUACGACCGGCCUGGCACGGAGGUGGGAGUACCACAGUCUCUCCCUUCCUUCUACUGCUACUCGUCAGUCUGCAGGAUCCCCCAUUAGCUGACGCCAUGAAGCUGACGCUUAAAGAGUUGAUCUCUAAACGGAAUGAAUAUAGGGAGAACUGCACCCGGAUUUUAGCAGAAAGCAUCUUCUCAGGAACUGGAACCUACUGUAAAGGAACGGUUGAUCUAUUUGUGUGUUGGCCCCACUCAGCCCCUGGUAACGUGUCAGUGCCCUGUCCUUCCUACCUUCCCUGGAUCACAGAGGAUGACUCCAGGAGUGUGUACAGGCAGUGUCUGUCCAAUGGCAGCUGGCGACUCCAGGAUAAUUCUACGGAAGCCUGGCGGGACCAGAGAGAAUGCGUUGAGCCACAUUACUUUAAAGCUGAGGAGGAUGAGGUGUUUCGUCAAGCAGCCCUGAGGGUCAUCUCCAUCGUCGGCUACGCUCUGUCCCUCUCCUCCCUCUCUCUGGCCACUCUCCUCAUGGGCAUUCUCAGGAAGCUCCACUGUACGAGGAACUACAUCCACAUGAAUCUGUUUGUGUCGUUCAUGAUGAGAGCCAUAUCCGUCUUCAUAAAGGAGAUCGUGCUACAUGUCAUGUACACCAAUCUACCCAGCGACGACUCAGGGUGGAACUCGUACUCCAGCUCAGUGAUAGCGGUGGUAUGUAAGGCCUCCCGGAUGUCCAUGGAGUAUUUUGUAGCCUGUAACUACUUCUGGCUCCUGGUGGAAGCCAUCUUCCUCCACACUCUCCUCUUCACUGCCGUCCUCACCAAGAGACGCCUGCUCAAAAGAUACAUGCUCAUUGGCUGGGGUACUCCAUUCGUGUUUGUGGUGCCAUGGACAAUUACCAAAGUUUUAUUUGAAAAUGAAGGGUGCUGGGCCAAUAGGGAUGGAUGGAUCUGGUGGAUAAUAAGAAGCCCCAUCACUUUAUCUGUGUUGAUCAUUUUCUACAUUUUCAUCAAAAUACUACUGUUGCUGCUCUCAAAGCUAAAGGCAGACCAAGUGAGAUUUACAGACUACAGAUACAGCUUGGCCAGGGCUACGCUAGUCCUGAUCCCUUUACUGGGAAUCCACGAGGUGGUUUUCACGUUCCUGGUGGACGAGUGCGUGGACGGAAGCAGCCGCUACGCCAGGAACUUCAUCAACCUCACCCUCAGCUCCUUCCAGGGAUUCUUGGUUUCUGUGCUGUACUGCUUCUCCAAUGGAGAGUUCCAGGCGGAGUUGAAGAAGCACUGGCAGCAAUUCCUGUUCACCAACCAUUUCCAGGUCACGCCCUGUAUUGACUUCCGGGGCGCGCCCAUCAAACACCUGUGGAAGUGCUCCAGAGGCCAACGCCCCCACGGCUCCCAGCAGAGCGAAUCAUAUGAGAAGGGGGGUGGGCAUGCCACACACUCACACCUGCUGCAGGUGGCCUGGCAAGGGGAAGGAGGAGGAGGGGUAGAAGGAGGGGAGGUGGCAGGGGGGAUAGGGAGGGGGAGAGAAAUGGGAGGAUUGGAGUUCCACACCAGGAAGAGUCUGUCAAGUAGUGAUGGAGAGAUGACGCUGGGAGAGACCGUGGAGGAGAUAGUGGCGGAGAGUGAAUUCUGACCUCCAUCUUGUGGACCCUCCCUGUCUCUCCAGACUGUUAUGAACUGUUACGGUGCCUUGUUUCCUUACAGAUGGAGUCAUGUCUAUAUGAUACAAGUCCUUUGACAGACAACAUUCACAUCUGGUGUAUAACAAUGAUGUUGUAUCUUUGUACAGAUUCUUUGUAUGGUACCUUUGUGUAUCAUUGUUUAUGUGAGUAAUGUUCCACGAUUUUAACGGUAAAUCAUAGAACAUAUAUUUAUGUACAUUUCAUCAGAAAAACAAUAAAAUGACUCAAAUGAAACUUUAUCACAUUAAGGUACUAACUGCAGGUAUAUAAACACAAUUUAAUAACUCAAAACAGUAGAGCUUUGACAGGUAAGUCUAAAUUAUUUGUUGUCAGAAAAUGUUGGUAUUGAACAUACUAAUAUUGGUAUUUUGCAAAGUACAGUGUGAAGGAUACGUGUUACAGUAAUGUGCAUGAUGUGGGUAUUAUUGUGUAUUUGUCAUAUCUAAAAUGUAUCCUUAAAGGAAUAUAUACAUUAAAUGAAUUUUGUAUUAC